AUGUAUAGAUAACAAAGCUAAGUUUAAAUGGAAUCAGAAAGGUUGGCCGAUAGCCCUCUAUUUUUAGUGCAAAGAGAAUCGCAAGAAAUAUAUGGGUAUAAGAAAAAUUCCUAAAAUGAUGACUUUGUCAGAUCUCCUCAAUUCUAUAAUGAAUUUUACUCUGAGGAUCUGAUUCAGGCUGAUCUUUUUAGAAAUAUAUCAUGGCAGCAGCAACAAUAAUUUUUAGGAUAAGAAGAAUCCUAGAAAUUUCUAAAUUUACUUGAAAACCCUGAACAAACUCAAGAGGAAAAUGAUUCAAAUUGGGGAUUAGAGCAGGAACAAAAGAAAGAAUAAUAAAGGUUAAAUGAAUAACAAUAGCAGAACAAUCAUACUCUUUAAAAAAAAUAGGAAGUAGAAGAAUAAGCAUUUAAAAAUUUUUAAAUAUUUUAGGAUAAUCCCAGUGAAAUUAAAAAAUUGCAGCAACAGCCUUGCAAUUGCAAGAAUAGUGGGUGCCUAAAGAGAUAUUGCCGAUGCUUUCAUAGCGGUAGAAUGUGUUUGUAAGAGUGUUAAUGUUCAGAAGAGUGUUAAAAUAAUGAAUAGCAUUAAGAAUAAAGAAAUAAUGCAAUUAAAUAUGUUGAUUAAAAGUGUUAUAGAAACAAAAGGUUGCCUCGAGAUGCGUUAUUUAAAUUAGACAUUAUAUAUGGGUGUUCUUGCACUAAAUCUAAAUGCAGAAAAAGAUAUUGCGAAUGCUAUAUAAGAAAUUAGAAAUGCACAGAUAAGUGCAAGUGUUUUGAUUGUUGUAAUCAGACCAUAACUAAAUAAACAUGAA